CCGCACCAACAGGAGAAGAUGUCCGAGCCCAAUAAGUACCGAGAGUGGAUCUUGGAAACCAUCGACUCUCUCCGCUCGAGGAAAGCUCGUCCGGAUCUCGAGAGGAUUUGUCGAAUGGUCCGGAGACGACACGGGUCAGACCCGGACCGAACCAGGACAGAACUGGAAAAACUGAUUCAAGAGCAGACUGUGCUCAAAGUUAGCUACAAAGGGUCCAUAUCGUACCGAAACGCGGCGAAGGUGCAGAGGAAAAGCAGAAAGAAGACUGAGUUUACGGCCGCUGGCAGCAGCAGCAGCAGCGGCGGCAGCAGCACGACCAAACACGACCAUCUGAACAACAACGGCGACAGUGCGCACAGCUUUACCGACCAGGAGGAGGACUCUGAGCCAAGCCCAGAUCCCCACACUCAAACAUCAGCCAACACCUCUCAUAACACCGACAAGAAGCUCAAGUCUGCCUCAAGCCCGAGUAGCGGAAACGUGAGUCUCAGUUGUGGCGCAACAAUCGGGAGCGGCUGUAAAGAGGAGAAAGCAAGUGCAUCGAGAGACAAGGGAUUAGGACACCAGGGAGCGGGGGACUGUCCGUCGCCCGGUCACGGCCACACAACAAGCGCGCACGACGGCGGGGAUGCUGGCGGGACAACCCCGAGCAGAGGCGAUGCAGUUCAGGGAGGAAAGCAGCCAGGUUUGUCCGGAGCUGACACCCAGAACAAAACUUGCCCAGGAAGCAUCAGCAGCCUCCCUCAACAGAAGCAGAAGCAGACUGCGCCCCUCCAGCCCAAACUUCGAGUCGGAGGAGUCGGCACCAAAACAGCGGGGAACAAUGCCAACAACUCCGACCUGGGUGACAGAUUGGUGGCUUCUGUUCGCAGCCUGUCCGAGAGGAGCCUCCGGGGGGGCUCCUCCGCCGCAACCAGAGGCCACAUGAAGCCGCUCGGGUUGAAGGAGAUUUUGGGCUAUCUGAGCAGUCAGGAGCGGCUUUCAGAGGAGAAACUGACCCGAGGCAAAGUCAAAGUGGUCAUGGAGAGGGAGGUGGCGAGAGGCCGGCUGCGCAGGACCCGCUGCGGGAACAUUACUCUUCCUCUGAGGGGGAUGGUGGUGGAGGAGCCGAUGCCGAAGAAUGCGUCCGCUGGCAGACUUGGAAAGCGCGCACUGCAGGACAAGCAAGACAAGCACUCUGUGAAAAAGGAGAAUGAGCCCAUGGAAACAGCCAGUGAAGAAGAAGAACGGGGAGAGAAUGGGGAAGAGGAGGAGGAGGAGGAAGAGGAGGAGAAGGAUCCCAGGAGUUCUGAUGAGGAGGGAGGACUAUCCCCGGUAGCCAUGACAACCGAACCAGGCCUCAUUGUGAAACCCACAGAAGAUGCUGAGAUCCAGACAGCAUCAAAGCAGGAAAGCCCUCAUCAGCUGCAGGACUGUGGCAAAGCGAUGGAUUCCCUCAGCAGGACAUUGUGUCCGCCUGAUCACGAAGCUUCCCUGUCACAGUGUAUCAGUGCACACCCACAGGAGACACCGGUCACCACUGAUCAGCUACAUUUGGAGGCACAGACACAGAAUCAGAUGCAGCCAGGCACAAUCAACCACACCUCCUCAGGCUUUAACAGCUCGGAGUGUAAGACAGAGGUCGGUGUGUCGUCCUGCCUGCUCACACCCACAGCCUCCCCGAGAGACUCCGGCCUGUCUGACGAACGAGGGAUGAACGGAGGAGUAAGCAGUGAAGGGUUUGUGAAGUCUGAAGGUGCCAGUGGGAGCCCGGUGGACUGGACGGUGUCUGAUGUGGUCAGUUAUUUCACAGCAGCAGGUUUCCCAGAGCAGGCUGCUGCCUUCAGGACCCAGGAAAUCGAUGGAAAGUCCCUUCUCCUCAUGCAGCGUAAUGAUGUUUUGACUGGUCUGUCAAUCAGGCUCGGCCCCGCCCUCAAGAUCUAUGAGCGUCACGUAAAGGUUUUGCAGAAAACACACUUUGAGGAUGACGACUGCUAACGAUACAUGGAAUAAACACUGUUUAGAGACUGAGAUUGUUUAUAUCUAUAUAUAACUCAAUUAAUCAUAUAAAAAUGCAUGCAUGAUAUAAAAUAUACUUUUUUAUCUCAUG